CUCCCUCCCUCCCGGGCUCCGGGCUCGCCUCUUUCGUCCGCCUUGCAACUUUCUCGCCUCCUCGGCCGGGGCUUCCUCGCUCGGUGCAGCUGGCCGGAGGCGUCGCUCGGUCGGUCGAGCAAUGGGGCAGCGGCGGUGAAAGACCCAGCGAAACCAAAAAAAACCAACAACACCCCACCGGGAGCCAUGAGCUCCGUCUGGAAGCGGCUGCAGCGGGUCGGCAAGCGGGCCGCCAAGUUCCGCUUCGUCGCCUGCUACCAGGAGCUGGUGGUGGAGUGCACCAAAAAAUGGCAACCAGACAAGCUAAUCGUGGUUUGGACACGGAGGAACCGACGGAUUUGCUCCAAGGCUCACAGUUGGCAACCGGGCAUCAAAAAUCCUUACCGGGGCGAAGUGGUAUGGAUGGUGCCAGAAAACGUGGACAUUAUGGUCACGCUUUAUCGGGACCCUCACGUGGAAGAAUACGAAGAUAAAGAUUGGACUUUUGUGGUAGAAAAUGAAUCGAAGGGGCAACGUAAGGUCCUCGCCUCGGUCGACGUGAACCUCAAGCGCUUCGCCAGCCAGAUGCCCAACCAGGUGGACCUGAAGCUGAAGCUGAAGCCCAAAUCGGUGAAAGUUGUGGCUGCGUCCCUCCAGCUCACUCUCUCGUGCGUCUUCUUGCACGAGGGAAAAGCCACGGAUGAUGACAUGCAAAGCCUGGCUAGUUUGAUGAGCUUCAAGCCAUCUGACAUCGGCAAUUUGGAGGAUUUUGCUGAAAGCGACGAGGAGGUGGAUGAAACCUCGAAACACAGCCGAGCCGAGGAUGCGGUGGGCCAUACAGCAUCCCCUCAAGGGUGCCUCAAAAACAUUGUGAUGAAUUCUUUCGCAGACACAUCACGGGAUCUGAACCCCUUGGCUGAGGAGGAGGAAGACCCCUUAAGUUCUUUAAUAUUUUGUUCGCUACAGCAGCCAGUCUGCCGUUGGGGGACUUCAAAUUCAGAAUAUCUCUUUUUUCCCCCCCCAUCCUCCAGGCCGACUGAUAUCUGGAAACCCAGGGAGGACCGCUCUGUUUCUCCGCCCCCCAGGAGAAAAAGCACCCCAAAGGAAUCUGUUAAAAGACUCCUUUCGCCGCCGUUUACAUCCAAGGAUGCGCCUGUGAGGAAACGCAAACUGGGGAAGGCGACGGGGUCCUUGGACCCCUCAGUGCCUGCCGUGGAGACCCCCGCAAUUUUGGAAGAUAAUCUCAUUCCUCUUCCCACGCCCAUUAUCCUGGAUAACCCACCCCUGGAAAAAUACGAGAGUCUCGACACAGCAGCUCCCUUUCCGUUGUCGUCCGGAAACCCUGUGGUGAUGUAUUUCAUGGAGGACGCAGCUGUCACCCAACACGAUCCUGUUGUUCUCAACAGCGGGCCAGAUUCCCGAGGAUUUUCUUCGGACGCUGCGUACCUGGCACUGUCUCCUUCUCUUGAGGGUUCGUCGCCGGCACCGUGGGAUUUUCGGCCAGCGACGGCUGGCGAAGUGCAGGAUGGUGCGGAAGAAGGAACCGUGUUAACGGCUGUUCUGGAAGCCUCAAGCGACGGCGUUCCCUCGGAACCAGCGGAAGAUGUGGAGAUGGUCACGGAGAAAGAAGAGCUGGCCAAAGACAGGUUGAGGGGCAGUGAGGUGGUGGCUUUGGAGUUACCUGCUGAGAAGGAAGAGGAGGAGGAGACGGGUGAGGUUGAAAGGCAGGAGAACCAGAGAAGAGACGAACACUUCGUGCCUGCUGUAGAAACCCUUCCUGGAGAAGAGGCGCACCGGAUUGUGGAUGAGGCAGACUGGAGCUUCCCGAGAGUUGACGUCCCUCAGGGCAGAAUUUCUCCUCUGUCUUCGUCUUCGCAGGAUGGACAACUGGUGAUGGAGGACAAGGAAAGGAGGCCCGCAUCAGAGGUUCUCUCUUCACCGUUGAAGAUGGGUAGGGAAGACAUGGCCAGGGAGUCCCUGUGGGACGUACCCCGUCGCUCUCCUUCUGCUGUGUCCGACCUGGAGGAAGGUAAGAGGAGGGACCUGGGAGUUGCAGAGGGGGCACCCCAAAGCCCCCUAGAAGAGCCAAAGUGCCAGAGUGAGGACGAGGGAACCAAGGAGAAGAAGGACGCAGAAGGAAGCGGAGUCUCUGGAUGGGCCAUGGAGCAGACGGCUAAAACAGAGUGUACUGUGACCGAGGAAGAAGAGGAUGGAGGCCAAGAUGAUGGCAGGAAGAAACUUUCAGAAGAAGUCCUGGAAGAUACUACGCUGGAGGAACCCAACGUCCAUCUGAAUGGGAGUCCGGAGGCUUUGGGCCAAACACAGCCGGACAGUCCAGAGGCUUGUGGCUUAGGGUCACCUUGGAGUGGUGAGCCCGCACAGUCUUCCCGGAAUGUCCCUCCCAGUCUGCCAGACCACGAAGAAGAAAGCCUAGAGAGUCCUUCAGAAGGUUUGACUCAGAGACCCACGGAGAAAGAAGUGGUUGCGCCCCAUGCCGCCAGCCCGCCUGUAUCUCAGGAUUCUGCCCUGCCUGCCCCAGGUCCCCGUAGGAGUGCUGGGCCCUGCCAGGAAGCCCUGGUGCUGAGUCCCGUGUCCUGUGGCACAGCCCCCCAUGUGGGACCCGAAGGGAAAGACCAGGCAGAGUCGCUCAGCAGCCCCACCCUAGUGAACUCCAGCCAUUGCCUGCUACAGUGGUGUCAGGAAGUGACGGCCGGCUAUCGGGGGGUCCGUGUGACCAAUUUCACCACGUCCUGGCGCAACGGCCUGGCUUUCUGUGCCAUUCUACACCACUUCCAUCCGGAAAAGAUCAACUACGAAGCUCUGGAUCCCCUCGACAUCAAAGAGAACAAUAAACUGGCCUUCGACGGCUUUGCCAUGCUCGGCAUCUCCCGGCUGAUGGACCCGGCGGAUAUGGUCUUCUUGACGGUGCCUGAUCGGUUGAUCGUGAUGACGUACCUUUGCCAGAUCCGGGCGUUUUUCACUGGACAGGAACUCAAGGUGGUACAGUUUGCCAGCCACAACAGUGAGACCACUUACAAAGUGGGCAAAUUCGACACCGAUCCCUCGGGAUCCGUCGAUCCGGCUGUGUUUUACUCCCAACAUUUGCAAAGUAACCCGGAGAAGCCAGGGAAGAUUCUAGAAGCCAAGGGGGAUUCUGGGAAAGUGGCACGAUUGGAGGAGAAGCAGAAAGUAGACGUGGACUCCACUGCCCCGGAGGAUUCUGGGAGGCCUAAAGAGGCAAAGGAUUCCGGGAAUGAAGAUGUCGCAGAGACCGUCCCCCGCAAGGAGAGCGAAGCUCAGCCCAGCAACGUCAUCUCCGUAGGGCCAGAAGACAAAAAUGUGGUGGCCCCCGAAGAAAAUAAAACAAUAUUUCUUGGUCCUGUGGAUUAUAAGUCCCACGAGAACGUGGCAGAUGAGAUCGCCCCAAAUUCACAGCGUCUCCUAGCGGAAAUCUCCAAACCCGACAGGUUGAUCAAUGGUGCCCCUUCAGCUUUUGAACAGGAGGACUCUGGGGGCGAAACCCCAAGGCAUGAUGGGAAAGGACUGGUCAACGGUUCCUCGGGUGUCUCCAGCCAGGACCCGGGGGAUUCUGGGAAAUGCGAGGUGGACGUGGAGAAGAUUGGUAAGGACGAGAAGAUGGUUGCACCUCCCCGGCUCAAACGGCUUGCCUCCCGGGGCAGCGUGGAGCGUCCCCUGCAGCGCGCCCCCUCGGUGGGCACCGCGGGCCCUGUAGCGCCGCCCCGGUCCCACUCCAUCAAGUCCGCUUUUGCUCAUAUGCGCGAUGCAGACCUGGUGAAGAAGCGACGGUCACGGUUGAAGAGUGAGUCCCUCUCGGUGGAAGAGACAGAAGGGGGCGGACAGGCAGAAGAAUCCAGCCCGCGACGGAUGGCAGACGAUGUUUGCAACGAGGGGACCAAGUCGCGACAAAUGAAACAACCAGCUUCUCUCGUCGUUUCUUCCCCGGAACAACCUCUGGACUCUGAAUUGAAAAACAGCAACCAUGAAGAGGAAAUUCCAAAAUUUCAAGACACCAGCCAGUACGUGGUCGCCGAACUGCGGGCGCUGGAGAACGAACAGAAGCAGAUUGACGGGCGGGCAGCGGUGGUGGAGAAGGAGCUGCGGGCUCUGAUGCAAACAGGUGCAGAUAAAUUGAAGGAGGAAGAACUGAUCCAGGAAUGGUUCACUCUGGUCAAUAAGAAGAAUGCCCUGAUCCGGAGACAGGAUCAACUACAGCUGUUGAUUGAAGAGCAAGACUUGGAACGACGGUUUGAACUCCUGAGCCGUGAACUUCGCGCCAUGAUGGCCAUAGAAGAUUGGCUCAAAACAGAAGCCCAGCGGCAACGGGAGCAGCUCCUUCUGGAAGAACUGGUCUCACUGGUGAAUCAGCGCGAUGAAUUAGUCAGGGAUCUUGAUAUCAAAGAGCGUAUAGCUCUGGAAGAAGACGCCAGACUGGAACGAGGCUUACAGCAAAGACGUCACAAGAUGAGUCGGCGGGAAAAAUGCCGCGUCAGCUGAGAAGGGCUCCUGCCUUCGUCUCCCGACACCCCUGCAGGGUGGGAAAAAGCCCAGCGGUUUCCCAAACCGCCAACCGACCUUUUGCCUUCCGACGCUGCUCCGGCUUGCUGCGCUCUGUUCAUGCCCAGGAGAAAGUCUUUGUGGACUUUUCCCCACUUUUGAGGGUGGGGGGGGCGCAUAAAUUAAGAUGCACUUAAUAUUUUUUUUCUUUUUUUUAAACCCCCUGGGGGGAAAAAAACCCAACAACUUUCGAUAGGGAUUUUUCUCUCGAUCUGGCGGGGGAAGAGAUUCGCAACGAUCUGUUUUAGAAACUAUUUAUUGGUUUUUGCAUGUGUCCGUGUGUUUGCCUGCGUGCCAGGAGGUCCUGAGUUCGAAAAACGGGUCCUUCCUCCCAUUUUGGUGAUCAAGCUUUGGGCCAGAAGCCGCCUUUUACUUUUUUGAACGUUUCCUUUUUUUAAAAACAAACAAACAAACCGAUCCACGCUUGAUGGUACCGAAGCCACCGAGUGCCUUGAAUGCUCCUAGUGCCAAAUUGGGAGGAUGGGCAAAGCUUAAUGCCCAUUUUCUCCCUGCGAUUUGGUUCUCCUGAGUAUUUGCACUAAAUUUGUACUGGACUUCAGAAUAAAUUU